GGGCGGAGGCGUCUGCGCUCGAGACGCAGCUCGAUGGCCAUCCGUGCCGAGUGAGGACGCGGAGCAUCUCGGAGCGCAGCUUGGAACAUCCCAGCAUGGCUGUUGUCCAUCAGAAGAGCUCUGCUGUGGGCUGACGAGAUGCCACUGCCUGGAAACCAUGGCCUUAACCUGCAGCCUGGCACCGAGGCACCUGCAGCCCGGCAGAUGACCUUGGCUCCCAGCCUGACUCAACUGAGCCUGGAUCCUGAGCGCCUGCCAGAGCUGACCCUGAGCCCCAGACUAGCUGAGCUGACCCCAUGUUCUGCAUGCCAGCCAGAGAUGAGCCUCAGUCCUGGCUUGAGUGAGCUGGCCCUGGAUCCUGCACGGCAGCCAGAGGAGCUCCCCAUCCCCAGUGUGGCUGAGCUGACCCUGGAGCCUGUGCACUGCCGACCAGAGCUCCUGGAUGCCUGUGCCGACCUCAUCAAUGAGCAGUGGCCCCGCAGCCGCGCCUCCCGCCUGCACUCCUUGGGCCAGUCCUCGGAUGCCUUCCCCCUCUGCCUCAUGCUGCUGGGUCCUUGCCCCACACCCAAGGCAGCUCCCAUUGUGGUGGGCCAUGCCCGCCUGUCCCGGGUGCUGAACCGGCCUGAGAGUCUCCUGGUGGAGACAGUGGUGGUGGCCCGGGCCUUGAGGGGCCGUGGCUUUGGCCGCCGCCUGAUGGAAGGCCUGGAGGACUUCGCUCAGGCCCGGGGCUUCCACCGGCUCCACCUCACCACCCAGGACCAGCUGCACUUCUACACCCACCUGGGCUACAGGCCAGGUGAGCCCGUGCAGGGUCUGGUGUUUGCCAGCCGCCGACUGCCCACCGCCCUGCUCAGUGGCUUCUCCAAGGCCCCCUGCCUGACUGUCCAUGCUGCCCUGGAAGCCCCCAGGGAGCCGCCAUCAUUGCUGCCUCCCCCUGCACCACCCCUGCCUGAGCCUGUGACUACCUGUCCCCCACCUCCAACAAGGCCACUGCCACAAAGCCUGCUGGAAACACAGUAUCACAACCUGAGAGGAUGCCCCGUGUUCUGGAUGGAGAAGGAUAUAUGAGGCCCCCAGGGCAAGACCCGAUGAACUGGCCAAGACUGUCAGCGUGAGCACUCCAGCUGUACUUUAGCCCAUAGUUCCUGGUUCAGCUUGAGCCCAGGUCUGUUUUCUGGGCACUAAGUGGGCUAGGUAUGGUUCCGUGGCUCUGAGCUCUGAGCGGCUGAAUAAAGGCUUCUUUUGGGGGGUGGCUGUGGUCAUUUAUUUGUUGAGCCCCUCUGGCACUUCCCCUUCUUGCCUUUGUUCUCUCCCCGCAGAAGGCCCGCAGGUUCAAAGGCCCCUGCACGUGCCCUUCCUCUUCUGCCAGGCGAAGAGGCAGCAUGUCUGUUUCCCCGGCACAGAAACUCAUC